AUGCAAUCCGCCCAAGCCGAGCUAGCCCAGCUCUUCCGCAAGAUCGAGACGGUGCGAUCUCGAGCAAUCCAGACCGAGCAGAACAUCACCUCCAUGACGGCUGAUAUCAAGCGACUCGAUGGCACGAAGCGGAACCUGACGCUGAGCAUGACGGCGCUCAAACGACUACAAAUGUUAACGACGGCAUACGACCAGCUGAGAGCCCUGGCCAAGUCGAGACAAUACCGGGACUGUGCAGGUCUGCUGCAAGCUGUGCUACAGCUUAUGAAGCACUUCAACAGCUACAGGAGCAUCGAGCAGAUCGCUACUCUGAGCAGGGGGGUCUCGGAACUGCAGCGUGAGUUGUUGGAACAGGUCUGCGAAGACUUUGAGAUCGCCUUCGCCAAGGCAGAGGUCGGCCAGCGCAGGGGUACGCUGGCCGAGGCCUGUCUCGUCAUGGAUGCUCUGGGCGAAAUGGCGCGGACAAGGUUGAUGAACUGGUACGUGAACACGGAGCUCCGUGAGUACCGCCAGGUCUUCAGGGGCAACGACGAGGCCGGCAAUCUCGACAAUAUCGGCCGCAGGUAUGCCUGGUUUAAGCGCAUGCUCAAGACACACGAGGACGAGCACGCCGUAAUCUUCCCUCCUCACUGGCGUGCGAAUGAGCUAUUGGCCAUGGCCUUCUGCGACGGCACGAGGGAUGACUUCAAGGGCAUCCUCGAAAGGAGCAUGCGGAGGACCGAUGGGCAGAAGAUCGACGUCAACCUUCUGCUGAGCUGCUUACAGGAGACGUUGGACUUUGAGCACGGUCUCGAGAAGCGAUUCGCCAACGAGCCACGUGCCAGCAUUGACACCUUGAGCUCUUCCGAUGACAGGGCAUCCAACUUCCAUGGCUCUAUAUCUGCCGCCUUUGAGCCUUACUUGAGCUUAUGGGUGGAUUCACAAGACAAGCAACUCGCCAGCAUGAUUCCAAAGUACCGCAGCCAGCCUCUGCUUCCGGAAGACGAGGAGUUCUCGUCGCAGGCUGUCAUCUCAUCCGCCAUUGAGCUUUUCCACUUCUACAAACUCACCCUGUCGCAAUGCGCCAAGCUGUCCACUAGCGACCGACUGCUGGAUCUUUCCAAAACUUUGGCCAAGUACCUCGACGAGUAUGCGCAGCAGGUUCUCUUGCACAUUCUCCAAAGGGCAGGGCCCCAGGGACCACCGAUUCAGGACGUCAUUUUGGUAUUGAACACGGCCGACUUUUGGUCUACAAACACCACGCAGUUGGAGGAAAACAUUAAGAAGCGUAUCGACAAUGACCUCGUUGGCAAGGUCGACCUUUCGUCGCAAGCCGAUGCAUUCCUUGGUGUGGCUAGCGCCGCUGUGCUGACUCUGGUGCGCAAUGUCGAGAUUGCGUGCGAAGGCUCGUGGCGCGAGAUGCGGAACACGGGCUGGAGCACCAUGGAGAGCGUGGGAGACCAGAGCUCUUACGUCGGCGAGCUCCUGUCCUCCGUGAACAGCAAGACCGAGGAAAUCCUAGGCCUCGUGGUCAAGCAGCAGUACGCAAGAGCGUUCUGCGACAACCUCGUGGACCAUCUUGUCAACGCCUACAUCAGCAACAUCGUCCAGUGCCGUCCUGUGUCCGAGGUUGGCGCCGAACAGAUGCUGCUCGACAAAUAUGUCUUGACGAAAGCGUUCGAGAACCUCCUGUCCUACCACAACAAGACUUCGGCGGCGGCGACGCACACGGCACCGGCAAGCUAUGUCAAGCGAGUGAACCAGACGAUGAACCGCAUUGAUCCUCUCCUCAAGACGCUUCAGGUUCGCCCGUCGCCGCCGGAAGGCCUUGUACAAGCAUAUCUCAUUCACAUUGGCGAUCGGUCCGAUACCAACUUCCGAAAGAUCCUCGACCUCAAGGGCGUCCGCAAGGGCGACCAGGGCCAUCUGGUAGAGCUCUUUGGCAUCCACCGCGAGGGUAACCUGAGCGACAAGCUCGUGCAACAGUCCCCGUUGCUGACGCCGCUUAUGGCGACGACGGGGCUCGGCAGCUCCGGCCUAGGACCCAUCAACGCGAGUAAUGCGCUUACAACGGCCAGCAGCGCGAUGCCCGGGCUGCCGAGCAAGUUCGACGCGACGUCUCUGGGCGAGAAGCUUCUCAGCGCGGCCCGGGACCUGGGGCAGGGGACAGGUCCAGGGGGCAUCGUGGGAGCGGAGAAGGCGACCAUGAAUGAGAACCUCAAGAACUUUGGCAAGUUCUUCCGGAGGGAUCUCGGAGGGUUCGGGGCGAGGUUUGGAAAGAGGGAUGAGAGCACCGAUCGGUGA